AUGCUGCUUGGGGAGUGGCAGUGCCGGCCACAUGCCCAGCCAUCUCAGCCAAGUCGGCCACGGGCCCAUGGCGAAGCUCAGAGCCGUCAAUGCAGGUUGGAUUUCCUCAUGGGUGCCACUGUUUGUGGUCUCUGUGGUUCCGGCUGCGCCCGUCGCCUGUGGCAUGCGCAGGGGAGAUGCCGCGGCUCCCGCGUUAAUCGAGUCAGGCGGCAGAUCCUUCCAGCGGGCUUGUCGGAGCUCCAGCAGAAUGCAGAUCACUCCUGGAUACGGGAGCUGACUCCAGAUCCCCAGCAGCAACUCCACGAGCCCAACCACGAGAAGCGGUUGGUCUCUGCAGGUCAUUAUGUCCAGGUCAAGCCAACGCCUUUGCUGAAUCCAUGCCUUGUGGCCUACAGCUCGGACAUGGCAGGCGACUUAGGCCUCUCAGAAGCCGAUUGCCAAUCGGACGAUUUCCUGCAGUACAUGUCAGGGUUUGCGGACACCAUGCCGGAAAUGCGAAGCUGGUGCACCCCCUACACCCUGUCGGUGGCCGGCAACGAAAUUUCAACUGGCAACAUGUAUGGCGAUGGUCGGGCAAUUUCAGUCGGAGAAGUGGUCGUAGAUGGAAACCGAUGGGAGCUGCAAUUGAAGGGUGCUGGAUGCACGCCUUUUUGUCGUGGAGCAGAUGGUCGAGCCGUAAUUCGAUCCAGCUUGCGUGAGUUCCUGGCAUCUGAGGCAAUGCAUCAUCUCAACGUUCCAACGACGCGCGGGCUCUGCUUGAUCAUGUCCCGGUCUGAGAGUGCUUUGCGCGAAUGGCUGGGUGAGCGGGUGUAUGAGCCCUGUGCCAUCACCUGCCGAGUAUCCCGAUCAUUUUUACGAGUCGGCCACUUGGAGCUGUUCGGCCGUCGUGCAAGGGACGCUUGGGAUGGACCCGCGAGGCGGGAGCUGGAGCAGAUCGUCCGCCAUCUGAUUGCUCGGGAAUACCCUGAGUGCUUCGAGGGCGAUGAAGAUUUGUACCAACUUCAAGCGCCUCUCCGGCGAAUGCUCUUGCCGAUGGCACGUCGCAUGGCCCAGUUGCCGGCGGAGUGGUGGCGUGUAGGAUUCUGCCAGGGGAAUUUCCAAUCGGACAACUGCCUCCUUGGGGGCAGGACCAUGGACUACGGUCCCUUUGGCUUCAUGGAAUGCUACAACCCACGCUGGUGCAGCUGGACAGAUGGUAUCGACAAAUUCAGCUUUCGCAAUCAGCCGAAAGCCGCAUACCAAAACUUUACGAGCGCCGUUCGGUCGAUUGAGUGUCUUCUCGAUGCAGAUGGUCGCCAAGAGGCCCAGAGGGUGCUGAGAGCCUUUCCAUCAUUGAUGGCUGAGGCUUUCGCAGAGGUUCGGAUGCAGAAGCUUGGCUUCUCCUUCUGGGAUGACAAUGGAGCACGGUUGUGCGAUGAUCUGCUCGUGCUGAUGGAGCAGUCGGGAGCAGACUGGACCUUGACAUGGCGAUGUCUUGCCACAAUAGCACAAGAUUGGGAUGAACUGAUGGAAAGCGGCAGCCUCCUCACCCCUUUGCAGAGAUGCUUCUACCAAGCCCUGAGCCCAGAUCUCGAGAGAGCAUGGUCUCAAUGGCUUUGGGAGUGGCUGACGCGCCUGAGGGAGGAGGGAGAUGAUCCAGAUGAAGUCGCCAGCCGCAUGCGGCAAGUGUCACCAAAGUAUGUGCCUCGCAACUGGAUGCUCAUGGAGGCAUACGAAGCAGCUGAGAGUGGCAGCUUUCAACUUGCCCAGGAGCUGCUGAAUCUGUUUUCCAGCCCGUACGAUGAACAUCCGGAGUUCGAGUCCCGAUACUUUCGCCUAGCACCUCCAGAGGUGAGAACUCGGCCGGGAGUGUACGUCAUGAGCUGA